CUGGCAACGAGAUAUAUUGCCAUGCUGCUAAGGAGUAAGCAAUCAGUGGCUGAGUAAGCAAUCAAUUGGGGGGCAGGAGUUCGCCCGACAAUAUCUUCUGUCUUGGGACCACUUUGGAGAGGAUGCCCUGGGCAAUAGAAUGGAAAUGUGAUUCUACAUUGGUUUAUUGUUUUUGACAGCCUUCUUGCCUACUAUAAUCCCUGCCGCGAGGGUGAUGGUGAUGAAUGGACAGCUAAUUUUCUGUGCGGUGCCUAUGAUGAGAAUACGUGCCCAUACACAUACACAAAGAUUGGUCACCAAACUUGGAGUGUGCGUGUUUUUCUUUCACGGGUAGAUGCUGUAGUUUUCCCCUCGGUUUCAUGGCUGGGGCACGGCGGAUAAAAACUUUGUUGACUGUAAACAUCUGCGUGUUUGUGGGCAUUAUACUGUUCUCGAUUUACUGCAGAAUUCAGGAUCGCUCAAAGGAAUUCAGGAAAAACGGCAGGACCACUGAGCAAAGAUCUAACCAUAGAAAUGGAAAAGUCACUAACUUUGUGGACAAGCAGGCUAUUCUUCAGAGGCUUGAGCAUCUUGAGGACGUGGUCUACCAUCAAUUAAACGGGCUGGGAAAGUCGGUUGGAUUACUGGAGGGACAAGUGGGUCUGAGACAGGGGCAGGCCAGGACCCCUGCAACCCUGAGAAACCCUGUCCGUGACCCAGAUGGGGGAAAGUAUGAAGAGUAUGGCUACAACGCACAGCUGAGCAAUCAAAUCCCACUGGAUAGAUCCAUUCCGGACUACAGGCCGAAAAAGUGCAAGCUGAUGACCUACCCAGAUGACCUCCCUCAGAUGACAGUGGUGUUCAUCUUUGUAAACGAGGCCUUGUCUGUGAUCCUACGGUCAAUCCACAGCCUGGUCAAUCACACACCUGCACACAUCCUCAAGGAGAUCAUCCUGGUGGACGACAACAGUGACAGUGUGGACCUAAAGCUGAACCUGGAUCAGUAUGUGAAUAAGAAUUAUCCAGGCCUAGUGAAGAUUGUUAGAAAUAGCAGACGAGAGGGACUUACACGGGCCAGAAUCCUUGGAUGGAAAGCUGCCACUGCACCAGUUGUUGGCUUCUUUGACGCACAUGUUGAGUUCAACACAGCAUGGGCAGAGCCAAUCCUAACAAGAAUCAGGGAUGAUCGAACACGUAUUAUUCUCCCGUCAAUCGACAACAUCAUGUACAACACAUUUGAGGUGCAGCAGUAUGCUAACGCAGCCCAUGGCUACAGCUGGGCCCUGUGGUGUAUGUACAUCAUCCCCCCUCAGGCCUGGCUGGACAGAGGAGAUCAGACGGCCCCCAUCAGGACCCCUGCCAUGAUUGGUUGCUCCUUUGUGGUGAACAGAGAAUACUUUAGAGAUAUUGGCCUUCUAGACCCAGGCAUGGAGGUGUAUGGAGGAGAGAACAUUGAGUUGGGCAUGAGGGUAUGGCAGUGCGGAGGGAGUAUGGAGGUGUUACCUUGUGCUCGGGUGGCACACAUUGAACGCACCAAGAAACCCUACAACAACGACAUUGAUUACUAUGCCAAGCGCAAUGCCUUGAGGGCAGCCGAGGUGUGGAUGGAUGACUACAAAUCCCAUGUAUACAUGGCCUGGAAUAUUCCCAUCAAUAACCCUGGAGUUGAUUUUGGAGAUGUUUCUGAGAGAAUCGCCUUGAGGAAGAAAUUGCAAUGUCGCAGUUUCCAGUGGUAUUUGCAGAAUGUGUAUCCAGAGAUGCGAGUGUACAACGACACCAUCACUUACGGCGAGGUGCGAAACAGCAAGGCCAGUGGCUAUUGCUUAGACCAAGGACCAGAUGAUGACAACAGUGCGAUUCUCUACCCGUGCCAUGGCAUGACAUCUCAGCUGGCCCGUUACACCUCAGCGGGGCUUCUGCAGCUUGGUCCCCUGGGCUCCACUACGUUCCUGCCCAAUACCAAGUGUCUGGUGGACGAGGGACGAGGGCGGACGCCAAGUCUAAAAAAAUGUGAGGGAGUGUCACGCUCAUCACAGAGGCUUUGGGACUUUACUCAGAAUGGUCCAAUAAUCAGCAGAGACACUGGUCGUUGUUUGGAGGUAGAGAUGUCUAAAGAGGCCAGCUUCGGCCUGCGCCUGGUGGUCCAGAGGUACUCUGGUCAGAGGUGGACUAUUAGGAACUGGAUAAAACCUCCACGACACUGAGGACAGUCUCACGCUCAAUAUGGAGGUACACCAUGUACAGGCCAGCUGAAGUGUACAAAGGGACAUUGACCCUUAACUUGUAGGACUUGGACUAUCCUCUUCACAAAGAUUGUGUUCCUUUGGAUUGAGGCUAUAGACUCUGUUGUCUGCUCCUGGAAAGGUCAAGCAUCUUAACACCAACCUUCAACAUCUCAAGCACCUUACAUUUUUACAUAUUUAGCAGACGCUCUUAUCCAGAGCGACUUACAGUU